AUGAGCCGACAACCACCCAAGAGCAUCCCACUUACCGCCAACAUGUCCUCCCCCGGGCAACCAAACACCGCCACUAUUGCCGCCUUGAAAACCAGAAGUUCUCGAACAAAAUUUUGUGGUGCAUUUGGUGAUUGCAUGACAAAACCUACCAUUGCUUCUUCACCACCUCGUCAAUCUAACUCUAGACUCGAACUUCAGGUGGAAGAGCUACACAAAGAAGUGAAGAAAGAGAAAGAAUUAAAGUCUAUGUACAAGAUAAGGCUGGAAAGAACACAAGAUUACCUAAAAUACUGUCUACAAGUAGCACAAGACAACGGAUUCUUAAACCAUAUUAUUAACAAAAAAGAUAACCCUCAAGAAUCGUCUCCUACUUCCUCAUCUGCCAUUGUUCAAGCUUCUACAAAUCCUCGAACACCACCAAAUGUCCAACAAAAUACCAAUCUUUUAGCUCUCAUCGAGCAAGCCAAGCUCAACGGAUGGUACAUUGAUCCACAUGAGAUUGAAUUACACAAGAAAGUAGCUCAAGGGAGCACGGCGGAAAUAUACAAAGCAACAUGGAGAGGCCUAGAAGUCGCAGUGAAAUGCAUAUUUCCUGAUUUUUUCAGAUUAAACGAUUGUGGCGUUAGCUUCUUUGCUCAAGAGGUGGAAACCCUAUCAAGACAACGACACACAUACGUACUCAGGCUAAUGGGUGCGUGUCUUGACCCACCGAACCAUGGGUGGGUGGUUACAGAAUUCAUGAACAUGACUUUGAAGGAUUGGCUACAUGGUCCGGGUAAGAGGAGGAAAGAACGAGUCACCCCACUUCCUCCUUUUGAAGAGAGAUUAGCCAAGGCACUAGAGAUUGCUCAAGGGAUGCAGUAUUUACAUGAGCAUAAGCCUAUGAUUAUACAUAGGGAUUUAAAACCAAGUAAUAUAUUUAUGGAUGAUGCGUUUCAUGUGAGAGUUGCGGAUUUUGGGCAUGCACGAUUCUUGUCGGAUGAAGAAAAAGCGUUUACGGGUGAAACGGGGACAUAUGUAUACAUGGCCCCAGAGGUGAUUCGAAGUGAGCCAUACGAUGAAAAAUGUGAUGUUUUCAGUUUCGGAAUCAUACUCAACGAGCUUCUAACCGGCAAUUACCCAUACAUAGAGACAGACUAUGGUCCCUCCAAGAUUGCAUUACAAGUUGGGGAGGGCAAGAUAAGGCCAGCACUUCCAGAGCAUGAAGAUAACAUUGAAGAUUUAAUUCAACUGAUUCAACUCUCAUGGGAUGAAGACCCUGAAUAUAGACCCUCUUUUGGUACAAUUACCCGGGGUUUGACAAUGAUUUAUGAUAGAUUUAUUAAUGCCCCAUAG